AUGAUGGCUAGUAAGCAUCCGGCCGGCUACUGGUCGGAUGCAAGGACACUCUUCCACUGUCUGUUGCUCGUCCAAGCCAUAUUUCUCACCCGAGCGCAACAACCACAGCCACAAUCGAACGAUGUCAAUCGCUACAGUCCAUCGGAUCCGUUCGGCCGACAGCAGUACAAUCCACAGUAUCCAAACUCCCAGUACGAUCCGAAUUCGCGCACCAACCAGGGCCUACCAGCGCCCACGUCCGGUACGAAUUAUCAGCGAGACUACUACGGCAACAGCAACAACAACGCGAACAAUCAAGACUCGAACAGUAUCGACAACAAUCGGUUCGGUCAGGACAAUCGGAACGUGAUCUUCCAGUCCACGACGCCGCGCGAUUACUUUAAUCGUCAAACGACUCCUCCGUCGUCCCGUUCCAGCUUCAAUCGGAACCCGUUCGCAAACGAUUAUGCGGCGGGUAAUUCCUUCUCGCAAGGUAUUACCUAUUUCAUCGUUGCGUCCAAAAUGGUACGACCCGGACAGGUGUACAAGGUGGCGGUAUCGGUGUUGGAAUCCCGCCUGCCGCUCAAUGUCCGGUGCAGUAUUUCGCGCGAUGGUGUGGAGAUGAGCAGCGAGACCAAACCGAUUACGGUGGGCGUACCGGAGUCGAUGCUGAUGCGGGUCCCACCGACGAGCGUGAUGGGCGAAUACAAGCUGCGUGUGGAGGGUUCGUACGACAGGAACUUUGGCGGGUACGUGUUCGCGAACGAGACGAAGCUGAUCUUCUCCCAGCGUUCGAUGACGAUUUUCGUGCAGACGGACAAACCGGUGUACAUGCAGGGUGAAACGGUACGCUUCCGGGCGAUCCCGAUUACGACCGAGCUGAAAGGGUUCGAUCAGGAGAUGAACGUGUACAUGCUGGAUCCGGCGGGACAUAUUAUGCGCCGUUGGUUGUCGCGACAGUCGAACCUGGGUUCGGUAAGCUUGCAGUACCAGCUGUCCGACCAACCGGUGUUUGGCGAGUGGAAAAUCCGCAUCGAAGCACAGGGCCAGAUUGAGGAGGCACGGUUCAACGUGGAGGAGUACUAUCAAACCCGGUUCGAGGUGAACGUGACGAUGCCGGCGUUUUUCUUCAACACGGAUCGCUACGUCUAUGGGCGCAUCAUGGCCAACUUCACGAACGGUACACCGGUGAAGGGUAAUCUAACGCUAAAGGCAACGAUCCGACCGAUCGGUUUCUUCAACCCGGAAGCGAUCAAUCAGAUGAAUCGUGUUGGUAACUUGGGACGAUUGACCAACACGAACCAGAACGUACCGUACUAUUUGCAAAAAUCGAACCCAGAGUUGCUGUACAACAAUCCACAAAACAGCUUUACCAGUCAGAUCGGUCGCGAUCAGAGCGGUUACGACGGUGCGGGACAGACCUACGAUGGGCGUUACUCGUCCUCGUCCAAUAACUUCCAGGAUUCGUACGUGAUCGAGCGGCACCUCAACUUCGACGAGGAGUGGCCAUUCUGGAUCAAGAAACCGGUAGAGACCGACGCACAGUGGGACUCGUGGUCAAACACGUACCGGGAAAGCUUACCCUUUUUACGGUUCUUCAAUGGCACGUAUGAUUUCCGGUUCCCGAUGAGCGAACUGGCACAGCUGAUACCGAAUCUGUCCGGUAUGGAGAUCCUGUUUACGGCACGCGUUGGCGAACGGUUCUACAAUGAGAUCGUGGAGGGUUACUCCUUGACACGCGUUUACAACUCGUCUAUUCGCAUCGCUUUCCUGGGAGAUUCACCUCAGGUAUUUAAACCAUCGAUGCCGUUUACCGUGUACUUGAUCGCGGAGUACCAUGAUGGAUCGCCAUUGCCACUGGAUGAAUUUAACGCCGGUCGCAUGGAGGUGUCCGGUACGAUCGAUAGCCGCGCCUCAGGUGGUCGUAACACCUUCGAUACCCGUGUGCUUCACAUGUCGCAGAAGGCAGGCGUGUGGGAGCUAAAGCUGGACAUCCGUCACGAUCUGAAUCUGGAAAACACGAAGCAAACGACCGAAUUCCUCAACGAAAUUCAAUCGAUGCGACUGACGGCCAAUUACAUCGAUCCGUUUGGUGAGCGGGCGUCAACGGAGCUGCUACUGUUAGCACACUUCUCGCCGAACAACCACAACAUUAAGGUGUACACUAGCACAGCCGAUGCGAAGGUGGGCGAAUACAUCACGCUGCACGUGCAGAGCAACUUCUACAUCAAGGACUUUGACUACCUGGUCAUGUCGAAGGGCAUCAUUCUGGUUACCGGGCACGAGAACAUGAAGGGCGGCGUUAAGACGAUGGCGAUUACGCUCAGCGCGGAGAUGGCACCGGCGGCUACGAUCGUCGUGUGGCACAUCGGACGGUACGGAAAGCUGCUGGCGGACAGUCUUACCUUCCCGGUGAAUGGAAUCUCGCGCAACAACUUCACCGUAUUCAUUAACAACCGUAAGGCACGUACCGGGGAGAAGGUGGAGGUGGCCAUUUACGGAGAGCCCGGCUCGUACGUUGGUCUGUCCGGUAUCGACAAUGCGUUCUACACGAUGCAGGCCGGCAAUGAGCUCACGUACGCGAAUGUGAUCACGAAGAUGCUCUCGUUCGAUGAGCACACGAAUGGAACGCACAAGAAGACGUGGAUGUCGCACGACGGUGAUCCGGAUGAGCUCGUUUACUAUCCCGCGUCCUCGUUCGGUAUCGAUGCGAACCGGACAUUCGAUUACGCUGGGUUGGUUGUGUUCACGGACGGUGUUAUACCGAUGCGACCCUCCAUCUGUGAUCAGGCACUCAACUAUAGCGAAUGCUUGAAUGGACGUUGCUACCGUACGGACAAACGGUGCGAUGGUUACAUGGACUGUGAGGAUGGUACCGACGAGGCUGGCUGUAGCAUACGGAACGAAACCUUGCUGGCCGAGUUCCGCAAGUUCCGCUUCAACCGUAUCCUGCGCCAUUAUCAGAAUGUGUGGCUGUGGAAGGACGUGAACAUUGGACCGCACGGUCGAUACAUCUUCAAUCUGGAAGUGCCCCAAGUGCCGGCACUAUGGACCGUUUCGGCGUUCGGUAUAAGCGGGGUACGUGGGUACGGAAUGGUGCGCAAGCCCAUCGAAUAUGUUGGCAUACAACCGUUCUUCAUUAACGUGGAAAUGCCAACCGCGUGUCAUCAGGGCGAACAAGUGGGUAUCCGUGUGGCGGUGUUUAACUACCAGACGGUGGAUAUUGAGGCGACAGUCGUGCUGCAUAGCUCACCGGAUUAUCAGUUCGUGCACGUGGAAGAGGACGGUAUCGUACGAUCGUACAAUCCGCGUACCUCCUACGGAGAGCAUCAGUUCUACAUCUAUCUAAACGCGCAGGACUCAACGAACGUGUACCUUCCGAUUGUACCGACUCGCCUCGGUGAAAUCCAAGUAACGAUCCAUGCUUCAACACUGCUCGGCGCUCAUCAGAUCAGUCGCAAGAUAAAGGUGGAAGCAGAUGGUUUGCCACAGUACCGGCAUCAGUCCAUCCUGUUGGAUCUGCGGAACCGCGCUUACCUGGUACAGUUCAUGCACGUCAAUGUCACCGAAACUCCGAUCAUUCCAUACGAAAUCGAUCGUUACUAUGUGUUCGGUUCGAACCGGGCCCGCAUCUCCGUGGUGGGCGAUGUGGUCGGUGCCAUUUUUCCCACGAUGCCCAUCAACACCACCUCCCUGCUGGAGCUGCCGAUGGAUGCGGCCGAACAGAACAUGUUCAGCUUCGCAGCCAACUUCUACACCAUCAAAUACAUGCGUGCCAGUACACUGCGUGACAAAAAGACCGAACGGCAAGCGUUCCACUUUAUGAACACGCUGUACCAACGGCAGCUGAGCUACCUGAUGGAGGAUGGCGGUUUCUCGUUGUUCCGUGCCGAUUGGAACCAAUCUGCACCGUCCGUUUGGUUGACGGCAUACUGUGCGCAGGUGUUUGGCGAGAUGGCCGGUCUGUACGAGUACGAAAAUUUCAUCUUCGUCGAUCCGUACAUGAUACAGAAGAACAUGCAUUGGCUGUUGCGCCACCAAAAGGAGGACGGUUCGUUCUGGGAGGAGACGUGGCUGCCCGACCGUAAGGCGAACCAUUCUGGCUUCUUUUCGCGCAACGAUGUCGUACGCGAGAAGAACAUUACGCUAACGGCGCACGUGCUCAUUACGCUAACGACGGUUAAUUUACCUGCUGGUAGAUUGGCGGCACGGGUUGCUUUAGCACAGCAAAGAGCGUUACAAUACCUACAGCGCAAUUUGGCCACUAUAAAAGAUUCCGGAUCGACGUAUGAAGUGGCAAUCGUGGCGUAUGCGCUUAUGGUAGCAAAGGCACCGAAAGCGGAGGCCGCAUUCACGAUGCUCUCUACCAAGAUGCGAUCAAUCGGCGAAUUUAAUUAUUGGGGUAAUGAGGAGGUACCGCUACCACCUACCAAAUUGGAAAACCAGCGUUACUUCUCUUUGCCACGUUUGCCGUACAAGUACGACUCGCUUAACAUCCAGACGACCGCCUAUGCUUUGCUGACGUACGUAUCGCGCCAAGAGCUGCAUGUCGAUCCAAUCGUGGCUUGGCUUAACGCGCAGCGUUUGACGGACGGUGGAUGGGCUUCGAGCCAAGACACUGGGCUCGCCAUGAAAGCCUUGACGGAGUACAGUACACGUAACCGUGUAUCGAACGUAACGCAACUAGCGAUCAAGGUGGAAGCAACAUCGCUGCCUGGUGAAACGAAGCAACUCUACAUCACACGGAAGAGUUUGGCUCAGCAACAGUUUUUGGAUGUACCAAACGCUUGGGGUACGGUACGGGUGGAAGCAACCGGUGUCGGUUAUGCCAUCCUACAGAUGCACGUCCAGUACUCGGUGGAUACGUACAAGUUCCAAACGCAACCACCCGUCCCGGCAUUCGAUCUGACCACACGUACGAUCUUCCACGGCAGGAAUCAGUCCCACAUUAGCUACGUUAUCUGUCAACGAUGGACCUACACGGAAGAAUCGAUCCGUUCGGGUAUGGCGGUACUGGAUGUGGCCGUCCCGACCGGAUACAUGAUUCAGCAGCAGAAGCUUGAUUCGUACAUUCUUAGUCAGCGUGUUCGUAAUCUACAGCGCGCUCGCUUCCAGGAACGCAAGGUGCUCUUCUAUUUCGACUAUCUGGACAACGAUUACGUUUGUGUGAACUUUACGCUGGAAAGAUGGAUGCCGGUAGCUAACAUGUCGCGCUACUUACCGAUCCGAAUUUACGACUACUACGCUCCAGAACGGUUCAAUGAGACAAUCUUUGAUUCGCUGCAAACAUAUCUGCUCAACAUAUGCGAGGUCUGUGGUAGUUCCCAAUGUCCGUACUGUUCGAUCUACAAUCUUGCCGUCCGUUUUCCGGGUUCGAUCAUUCUGAUGCUACUGACCGGAAUGGUGCUCGUUGCUCGCCACUACCGAAUAGUGAAUCCAAACGGGUGGAUUUUUCUAAACGAUUAAUCCACUUGCACAUCCAAUCCAUUAUUUCCUUCUUUUUUGUCUUAGUGUAGCGGUAUUUGAUUACCCAACCGGAACAACUACUUUUAUAAAGCAAAAAGGCGCACCACAUUCGAAUCGUUUUCACCCGUUUUUCUUUCUUAAAAGAGGGGAGGCAAUAUAAUUUAUAAGAAGCGGAAGAAAUGGAGUUGAAAUGGUAUGUUCUAAAUCAUACAGAAAAAGAAUAGACGCCAUCGAAUAGGUGCGAAAAUGAGUGUAAAUAUAAAAAAAGGAACUUGCUUCAGCGUUUUAAAGUAUUCCAUCAGAAGAAGAUUCACCAAUAACAGUAGUAAUAAUGAAAGGGAACUGCGCAAAAGGGAGAGGUUUAGAACAACUUCUCUUGCAUCCGUUUUCAUCCUUAUAUCAACAUUGUUGCGUCCGUUUUUUUUUAUAGUUGUAGCAAUCUUUUCUAAGAUAUCGAUAAGGCUUAACUCUUAAAUCACCACCAUCACAUGUGCGCCAUCCAACAAAUGUGAAGCUGAUGAGUGAGAAAACUCUAGAAGACGAAGGAGGUUUUUAUCGGCUGCCUCCAUGAAGGACAACGUUUUAAAGAAUGAAGUGUGUAGAAUGCAGUUUUUUGUUUUCUUUUCUUUAUAUCCCUUCUGGAAUGCUAAACAAAACAAGCAAUUUGCAACAAAGACUAGAAUGUAAGCGUCAUGUGUGUAAAGAAGUAAAAUCGAAGAAGCUAAGGAAAGGAAUAUAAAAACACAUACAAUUGAAGCUUCCUUUUUACGCUAUAGAACCAUUCUUAUUUGCCUUUGAAUCUCGUUUCGUUUUACAUAAAUUUAAGAACACAACUUAAGAAACACGGGGACACAGGAUAUCCGUCCUCCGUCCGUUUCUUCAAAGCAAGGCCGUCCAUUUUGAAUCUGGUCAAUUUUUAUAUCAUUUCGCGGUGUUCUCUUUUUUUAAUUUACUUAUUUUAGUAUUUUUUUUCUUCGUAUGAGCUUUUAUAUUUACAUGAAAUGCGUUUAAUAUAGCGAGAAACAUAGGAAAGUGAGAGAGAAAUGGUUUGUUCGUGCUAUAGUAAAAGAAUUUUGUUACUAAAAGAAUGAAUUUUGUAUUAUGUAUGGCUUGAUGCAGGAGGGAACUGAGAAGAGGUAAAAUAGUGCAAGGUUUUCUUUUCGAAGGUGAACUAAAUGAUGAUACAAAUUGUUAAGGUGCCUUAGCUAGCGUCGCGUCGUAUUUACUUACACAACCAACGGACCUCCUCUCGGUAGUAAUACAAUACAAACAGAAU